CAAAUCUUCUCGAAAGGAGGGAUAUUUCGAUCAUACUCCCAGAUUGUUAUUGACACAAGUUCUCUCGCCUUGUAAUGUGACUGAACCUCUGCGUGCUUCGCGGACUUACGUUGGGAAUAGUUACGUAAACCUGCCAAGAGCAACCAACUCCAAGACGCGAAUUACCCGCCUCCAGCGAAUCUGGCAUUUAAUUCUGCCACCACGCAAACAACAAGACGAUGGACCAGGAUGUGCCCGCGGUCUGGACCCUGUACCGGACUUCAUCGAUCGCGUUUCAGCUUAAUCGUUACAUUGCCUCCAUCAUAGGAAGUACGGACACUUUGUAGUCUCUCGACCGGCGCCGAGUAGCGAGCUCUGAGGGCGCGUGUCGGCGGCAAGCCACAAAAAGUCCCUCCCUCCAACGGCAGCGCAGCCAGGCGCAGCAGCUUCCCAAUGGCUCUGCUGGAGUUCUUCUCGGGCCUCGUUGGCUGGAUCUACUUCCUAUGCUGGUCCGCCUCGUUCUACCCGCAGGCCAUUCUCAACUAUCGCCGGAAGUCAACGUCCGGCACUACGGUUGACUUUCCCUUGAUCAACUGUCUUGGCUUCCUCGCCUACCUCGUAUCCAACGCAACAUUCUACUACUCCCCCGUCAUCCGUGAGCAGUAUGCCGCCCGGCACCAUGGGCUUAGUCCCACCGUCGCCUUCAACGACAUCAGCUUCGCCGCGCACGGCCUCCUCCUCUCCAUCGUCACCACCAGCCAAUACUGGCCCUCCCUGUGGGGGUUUCGGCCGAGUCCCGGCAACCGCCCUAGCCGCUUCAUACUCGGCAUCGCGUUUGGCUGUGUCGUUGGCGUGGUGGCUGUCAGCCUCGUCGUCGCCGCCGCGCCACCGGGUAACCCUCAGUGGAGCUGGUGUGCUCUCGACGUAGUGUACGCCAUCUCGUACGUCAAGCUCGUCGUCACUCUGGUCAAGUACACGCCCCAGGUCAUGACCAACUACCGCAACAAGUCUACGCGCGGCUGGUCCAUCUGGCAGAUUCUUCUGGAUUUCGGGGGCGGCGUGCUCUCCUGCGCUCAGCAAGCCAUCGACUCGUAUUUGCAGCAUGACUGGUCCGGGAUUACCGGCAACCCUGUCAAGUUUGCCCUGGGCAACGCCUCCAUGGUCUACGAUGUCAUCUUCAUGACCCAGCACUACGUACUGUAUCCUGAUCCCGCGGGGAAGUCGAGUGAGCGGGAUGCUCUGCUGCCUACCGUCGAGGACCAUCGGAGGUUAGAUUAGUACUAGUCUCUCGUCCAUCAAUAUCUUAGUUUGUUUAUCUGCGGUCAUCACAUUCUCAUCCGUCUUCGACGCGGCGGCGUAAGACGCCAUUUUUUGAUCCUUGCGCGCUGAUUUGAUCGUCACUUGACCAUUGAUAGACUACCUAUCCGUAACAAAUCUACGUGGCGAACAACUUUUCCC